UCGAAGCGGAUGUCAACAAUAGCAACGCCUGAGCACCAACAGCAGUUUGACCGGAUGCAUGUCCAGUAGAGAUCUGUGCCAAUGAAGAGCGAGAUUGGAGCCCUGGGUGGAUCCGAUGAUGCAGCGAUAGAUGAAGCAGCUCGUCUAUUAGAUGAGGAGGAGAAAGACCUGUGGAGGCAGCUGAGGCGCAAGCGGGAUUUCGAGGUGCGCUUGGUGGAGAAACGUUCGCAAACAGAGGAAUUGGAGAAAAAACGGAUGGGCCCACGGAUUGCUCAAGCAGAGGUCUUGGCAUCCCUGGAAGUCUUGACACAGGAGAUGGAGUUUGUGAAAUCCCAACAACGUGAACUCGAGCACGACUUGGCAGUUCUCAAGGAGUCAAAUCGACUUCUACAACCUGCCUUUCAGGUGGCGCCGCAAGUUGGAGCCCAGCCGAAUCAGCCAAGGACAAAGGAUGCCUUGGCAGAAGAACGCGCCCACAUGGAGUCGCUACAAGCGCAGCAAGAGCAGAUCGAGCAGUUGCGAAAGCACAUUGAAAGCCUUCACAUGGAAAAACAGAGUCUGCAGCAGCAGCAAGAGGCGCUCUUUCAGAAACAGCGCAGCGCUGAGCAGGAUCAGAAUCGCCUCUUGGGAUCCAUACAGGAUGAUCGAAAUCUCUUGAACGAAGUCCGCGCAGAGCGAAUCAAGCUCCUUGAAGAGCGAGCAAGUUUGGAGAAGCAGAUGGCUGUGAUUGUCACGGCUCAUGAGGGUGCCGUGGAAGACCGAAGCAGAUGGUCUCCACACCGCAGGGCAGUCCCUGCAUCAGAGAAGGUGGCUCAAAGUCUGUACAAGCUGCCUGGAUCCUCCGGUGGAGUUCGAGGACAUGUGCCGCAAGAUGCGCCUUUGCCGCAAUCCGCGUGGUUCGCUUCUGUGCCACUUCAACCACAGGACCAACGCUCCCACUGGACGUCUUUCGAGAAGGAUGCAAUGUCGUCUCCAUCAUUUGGGGGUCAAAAGACCCUACAAACAACUUGACAAUGAACCAAACUCCUUUGCAAAAGAAAACAA